UCAAUUAACUUCUACCUGUUUCAUUAUCAUUUUAUUCACUAACAGAGUAUUUUACAAAUGUAGAAUAUAGCUGACAAAAUAGUCUAUCAAAUAGACAAAAUAGUUGUGAUGUCGGAAGAUUAUGUAUACCGGUUGUUUCUCCAAAUGGUCGCAUUCUUUGGACCAAUCACAGCAUUUCGAAGCGACAGCCACACGUACACAUCUGAAGAACUGAUAUCGGCUCAACUCGAUCAACCUAACCUCAAGUUACAUCGCCAUGAAUCGGAAAAUUACCCUAAUCUUAUUUGCGGAAGCGAUUUAAAUAGUUACAGCCAUCGACAGUAUAAAAUAGCACAAUUCGUUUAUCCAAAAUUGAAAAUGCUGCAUAUAGGGCCUUGUAUGAUGAAACUCAUUGCCCGUAGCGAUCCUGAAGAUCCGGAUGCUCCUUCUGAUUCUGCAGAUCCGGCUGAUCCUUCUGACCCCUCUGGCUCUCCUGACCCCCAUGAUCCUGUUGGUCCAUCCGAUGAUACUGGAUCCGUUAGUCCCACUGUUCCUGGUGGCUAUACUCCUCCUAAUAAUCCACCCUAUCCAGGCCAUCCUCCUGCUGCUCCUCCACAGUAUCCUGGCUACCAUCCUUAUCCUGGCGGUCCUAUAUAUCCUGGUGGCCAUCAUCCUACUGGUCCCACAUAUCCAGGCGGCCAUCAUCCUGCUGGUCCCACAUAUCCAGGCGGCCAUCAUCCUGCUGGUCCCACAUAUCCAGGCGGCCAUCACCCUGUUGGUCCCACAUAUCCAGGCGGCCAUCACCCUGCUGGUCCCACAUAUCCAGGCGGCCAUCACCCUGCUGGUCCCACAAAUCCAGGCGGCCAUCAUCCUGUUAGUCCCACAUAUCCAGGCGGCCAUCACCCUGCUGGUCCCACAUAUCCAGGCGGCCAUCACCCUGCUGGUCCCACAUAUCCAGGCGGCCAUCAUCCUGUUGGUCCCACAUAUCCAGGCGGCCAUCAUCCUGUUGGUCCCACAUAUCCAGGCGGCCAUCAUCCUGCUGGUCCCACAUAUCCAGGCGGCAAUCAUCCUGUUGGUCCCACAUAUCCAGGCGGCCAUCAUCCUGUUGGUCCCACAUAUCCAGGCGGCCAUCAUCCUGUUGGUCCCACAUAUCCAGGCGGCCAUCAUCCUGUUGGUCCCACAUAUCCAGGCGGCCAUCAUCCUGCUGGUCCCACAUAUCCAGGCGGCCAUCAUCCUGUUGGUCCCACAUAUCCAGGCGGCCAUCAUCCUGCUGGUCCCACAUAUCCAGGCGGCCAUCAUCCAGCUGGUCCCACAUAUCCAGGCGGCCAUUAUCCAGGUGGCUAUUAUCCUGAUUAUGCUGGAUAUUAUAAUCCCCCUAUCAGUAUUAAUAUUUGUAUAGGCCUUUUGUGUAAACCAAACGGUUAUCUUUACAAUCUUAAGAAGAAGAAGCUAUAUGGUAAUAGUAUACAGCGACCAGCCCCCUCUUUCGAAAUUGGUCUGAAGAGGGUUUUGAAACAUAAAAAAAUAUCAAAUAAUAAAGUGUAUUAAAUUACCGCCGAAACAUUAGAUAUCUCAUGAA